AUGCACACACACACAUGCACUUCGCACGCACUCACCGUUCUGCCAAAUACACUCUCUCAAACUCUCUCUCUCUCAAACACACACACACUCUCUCUCUCUCUCUCUCAACUCUCUCUCUCUCUCAAACUCUCAAAUUCUCUCUCUCUCUCAAACUCUCUCUCUCAUACGCUCUCUCUCAAGCUCUUCUCAAAAUCCCUCAAACCUCUCAAUCCCUCAAAAUCUCUCAAACCUCUCUCGAUCUCUCAAAAUUUCUCACUCUCUCAAACUCUCUCAAACUAUCUCUCUCCUUCUGAAGGCGCACCCCAUUUCGCUAGCACCUCUGCCCUUUCCUCCCGCCUGCCCCCACCCCUCUCAAAGUUGGAGGACAUUGUGUUUGGCGCGCUCCCUCUCUCUCUCUCUCUCUCUCUCUCUCUCUCUCUCUCUCUCUCUCUCUCUCUCUCUCUCUCUCUCUCUCUCUCUCUCUCUCUCUCUCUCUCUCUCUCUCUCUCUCAUGGCAAAUGA